UGUUCUCUUCUUUUCAAAUCAAUUGAAGUUCUACCUUUGAAUCAUUCAUAUAUAUAUAUACAUAUAGAUCUACACAAUGUCGGCCCUUUUAAAGCAAAGAGUGAGAUAUGCUCCAUAUUUACAGAAAGUCAGAACUGGUGAACAAUGUCUUGAUCUUUUCAAGCAUGGUCAAUACUUAGGUUGGUCUGGUUUCACUGGUGUCGGUGCACCAAAGGUUAUCCCAACUGCCUUGGUUGAUCACGUUGAAAAGAACAACUUGCAAGGUAAGUUAGCCUUCAACUUGUUUGUUGGUGCCAGUGCUGGUCCUGAAGAAAGUAGAUGGGCAGAAAACAGCAUGAUCUUGUCAAGAUCUCCACAUCAAGUCGGUAAGCCAAUUGCUGCUGCUAUUAACGAUGGUAGAACUCAAUUCUUUGACAAACAUUUAUCUAUGUUCCCUCAAGAUUUAACUUAUGGUUACUACACCAGAAACAAGACCAAUGGAUCAAACUUGGAUUACACUAUCAUUGAAGCUACCGCCAUCACUGAAGACGGUUCCAUUGUUCCAGGUCCUGCUGUUGGUGCUUCUCCAGAAAUGAUUUCUGUUUCUGACAAGAUUAUCAUUGAAGUCAACACUCAUACUCCAUCCUUUGAAGGUAUUCAUGACAUCGACAUGCCAGUUCAACCACCACACAGACAACCAUACCCACACACCACUUCAGAUUACAGAACUGGAUUGACUGCCAUCCCAGUUGACCCUGAAAAGGUUGUUGCCAUUGUUGAAAGUACCUCGGGUGACAAGGUUCCACCAAACACCCCAAGUGAUGCCCAAUCCCAAGCCAUUGCCAACCAUUUAAUUGAAUUCUUGGAACAAGAAGUCAAGGUUGGUAGAUUACCAGAAAACUUGCAUCCAUUACAAUCCGGUAUUGGUAACAUUGCCAAUGCUGUUGUUGAAGGAUUAGCCUCAUCAAACUUUAAGAACUUGACUGUGUGGACUGAAGUCUUGCAAGAUUCCUUCUUGGACUUCUUUGAAUCUGGAUCCUUGGAUUUCGCUACUGCUACUUCCAUCAGAUUGACUGAAGAUGGUUUCAAGAGAUUCUAUGAAAACUGGGACGAAUACUCCAAGAAGUUGUGUCUUAGAUCGCAAGUUGUUUCCAACAAUCCAGAAAUCAUCAGAAGAUUGGGUGUUAUUGCCAUGAACACUCCAGUUGAAGUCGAUAUCUAUGCUCAUGCCAACUCCACCAAUGUUAUGGGAUCAAGAAUGUUGAACGGUUUAGGUGGUUCUGCUGAUUUCUUGAGAAAUGCCAAGUUGUCUAUUAUGCACACUCCAUCUGCCAGACCAUCCAAGAUUGACCCAACCGGUGUCUCCUGUAUUGUUCCAAUGGCCUCCCAUGUUGAUCAAACCGAACACGAUUUAGAUGUCAUUGUUACUGAACAAGGUUUGGCUGAUUUAAGAGGUCUUUCACCAAAGGCCAGAGCCAAGGUUAUCAUUGACAACUGUGCUCACCCAGACUACAAGGCUCAAUUGCAAGAUUACUUUGACAGAGCUGUCUUCUACAACACCAAGAAGAAGUCCUUGCAUGAACCACAUAUCUUGAAGGAUGUUUUCAAGAUGCACUUGAACUUCCAAGAAAACGGUACUAUGAAGUUGGAUUCUUGGGAUCAAAAGUUCUAAAUCUGUCAAUAGCUUAAUCUUAUUUGCUUAUAGAUAAAUUAUUACAUAUAAAUAAACGACGCGUGUAUGCUAA